GAAUGUGUGACUGCGUGUGUGCGUGUGUAUGUAUGUGUGUAUGAGUGUAAGAGAGAGUGUAUAUAUGUGUGAGUGUGUUCUGUAGACGCGGAACUUGAUGUUUUGUAUUGGAUAAAAGGAAGGAAAGGCGGAUUAACCUCCACAGGAUCCUCAGCGACCCGGGCAGCGCUUCUCCUUCUCCCCGCUGCUGGAGCUCCGGCUGAGAAUGUAUCGCUUGCGGGCAUUGACGGCCGUCACGGUCGGGAUGGCGCAGUCCUCGCGCCGUUUUCACAGCAGUGCGGCCCCUCAGCGCCGCAGGCUGCUGCUGGCUGCUAUAGCAGGAGUGACCGGCGUAUCGGCCACUACAGGAUUGCUGUGGACCAGGGCGAACGCAGAGGCAGCCUCCUCUGUGAGGCGUGAGGAGGAGCUGCUGGAGGAGGAGAGUCUGAAGGACGUGGCGUCGGAGGCGGAGUCAGAAGGUGCGGUGGAGUCCGGCGAUAGUGGAGACGAGGAGGACGGAGGCUCUGAGGGGAAAAAGAAGAAACAGAGAAUCGGCUUCCGCGACCGCAAGGUGAUGGAGUACGAGAACCGUAUCCGAGCAUAUUCUACUCCGGAUAAGAUCUUCCGCUACUUCGCCACACUGAAGAUCAUCAGCGAGCACGGCGAUGCUGAAGUGUACAUGACUCCACAGGACUUCAUCCGUUCCAUCACGCCAAACGAGAAGCAGCCAGAGAACCUCGGGCUGGAUCAGUUUGCGGUGAAGCGCUAUGAUGGGAAGAAGAUUGCUCAGGAACGAGAGAAAUUUGCAGACGAGGACAGUAUCUUCUACACGCUGGGGGAGUGCGGCCUCAUCUCCUUCUCUGACUACAUAUUCCUCACAACCGUUCUCUCCACACCUCAGAGGAACUUUGAGAUUGCCUUUAAGAUGUUUGACCUGAAUGGGGACGGAGAAGUGGAUCUGGAGGAGUUUGAGCAGGUGCAGAGUAUAAUUCGUUCUCAGACCAGUAUGGGCAUGAGGCACAGGGACCGCUCCACCACCGGUAACACUCUGAGGACAGCCGGCUGCAGCUCGGCUCUCACCACCUACUUCUUCGGCGCUGACCUCAAGGGCAAACUCACUAUUGGCAGCUUCCUGGAGUUCCAGAGGAAACUGCAACACGAUGUACUGAAGCUGGAGUUUGAAAGGAAUGACCCAGUGGAUGGUAAGAUCACAGAGAGGCAGUUUGGGGGCAUGCUCUUGGCGUACAGUGGCGUUCAGUCCCGCAAGCUCAAACAGACACAGAAAGGCCUGAAGAAGAUGUUUAAAGAUGCUCAGGGUAUCUCCUUUGAAGAGGUGGAGAACUUCUUCACGUUUCUGAAGAACGUGAACGAUGUGGACACUGCGUUGAGUUUCUACCACAUGGCAGGCGCCUCCAUUGACAAAGCCACUAUGAAGCAGGUGGCUCGUACAGUAGCGAAGGUGGAGCUGUCGGAUCAUGUGUGUGACGUGGUGUUUGCGUUAUUCGACUGUGACGGAAACGGAGAGCUGAGCAAUAAGGAGUUUAUCGCCAUCAUGAAGCAGAGGCUGAUGAGAGGACUGGAGAAACCCAAGGACAUGGGAUUCACCCGUCUGGUGCGGGCCAUGUGGAAGUGUGCCCAGGACACCGCCUGGGACUUUGCCAUGCCAAAACAACAAUAGCACAGGAAGACAGAGCGUGAAAGAGAGGUGUGGCAACAGCCUAUUGUCAUGCGGUUCCUCUUGGAACCGGGUGAAUCUUCAUGGAAUGAACUCAUUAAGAUUGCUCCACUGAUAAGCCUAAACAAUCAGGCGAGUGCUCUGUAGUGAUCAGAGCUCCUGCAUGAGAAAACCGCUGCAGUGUUUGUGUGUCUCCAGCAUCAGCUUCUGUACACCACGCCCAGUGAUGCUGCUCAUGGAGUUACUCUUGUUUUCUGGCCUUUUUUUUUUGGGUUUAGGCUUUUCUCUUAAAAAAAAAAAAAAAAAAAUAUAUAUAUAUAUAUAUAUAACUCCUGGGCUUUUAUACUAAUCUCUAUCUGCUGCAUCCAGGAUCUCAGAUGGUAAUUCCAGCUUGGCUUCCUUUUCCCACAAACCAAAUACAAUGUUAAGCAGCAGUUUUUUUUUAUUUGUUCAAAUGAUUCAACAUAUAUCUUCUGUAUUUCCCUGGCUUUUAAUUGAUUAACUUACCAACAAACACAUAAUAGAUAAAUUGACUUUACCUAGUCACUCCAAUUCCUUGCCUCACUCACAAGAUAACAACUCACAACUUGUCCAGAUAUGGGUAUUCCCAAGCUUUGCCCUAAGGUAACACUUCAUAAUAAGUUUACAUAUUACUAUCUGCUGUCCCAUGACUUUUGGCAUGCGAGUUCAACUUAUAUAGCUUUAUAUACCUUUCUAGAAACCCAAGGACACUUUACAAUUUACACAUUUUAAUGCAUAUUGAGCACCCAUCCACACACUGGUGAAAAGCAGCAGCCAAUAAAAAAAGCGUACAGCAUACUCUUAACCGGAAACAACCGUCCACCUGGAGGACCGCAUCUACAGAACUACAGCAUUGUACCCAGGACAGUGCACCAAUCCAUAUCUGGGCACAGUCAUACAUAUGUUUACACACAAAUUACAUACUUAGCACACAUUUUACAAAUAUACACCCGAGCAGUUUAGAGUGCUCAGUUUUUCUGGGCAAUUUAGAGAAUCCAAUUCACCUGAUCUCCAUGUUUUUGGCCUAUGGGAGGAAACCAGAGUCCCCGGAGAACAUGGAAACUCCACCCAGAUAGGGACUUGAACCCAAGACCCCAGUGCUGGGAAGCGAAUGUGCUAACCACUAAGCCACCGCCCAAUAAAUACUUGCAAUACUCAAUACAUACAGUUUAAUACAGUCAGCAAGUUUUCUAUUCUUUUCAACUGCAGCCAAAUCAUUAGGAAUAAGAUCAUCGACUUGAGAUUCAGCAGAUAGAGAUCAGGCUGGAAAUGCUGCAGCGUUUCUGCUGAAUUGUGGGAUUGGAGUGUAUGGGGGGUAUACAGUCAGAGGGAGGACAUGCACUGGAUUGUUUCGUUUUGCAAACACUUCCAUCUGAGCUUCUUUUGUUACGUUGCCAGCAUGCCGGCUUAAGAUUGCAGCACAGACGUUGAAAGAAAAACCUUAGAAUGGACUUUAUCACUCAAACGUCUGCGUUUCUCCAUCGUGGUCCUGGUGCCACUUUCCUGCACAUUUUAGAGUUUUUCCUGUUGGAAAUAAGGUGUGCUGGGAGCCGGGAAUGUGCAGGUGUGUCUCCAGGGUCAGGAUUGAGAAACACUGCUGUAUUGUACUCUUUUUGAAUAUGCUAUUGAAUGAAUAUAUAAACCAUAUUUUUCAUGA